CAUUAUAACAGCCGAAUUCUAAGAUUAAUCUGAUAUUGUUGUUCACCGAUUUGUUCCAGCUCAGUAUUCCAUGCUCUCCAACUCUAAGAUUACUUCAAAAGUUUCUCAAGACCUUAUCAAUGCUUCAAAUAAAUUCAAAACUAACAGGAAUACCAAUACCAAUAACAAAAUUUCCUCGAGCACAGUUUGUGCAAAGGAUUUUAGCAAAAAUAUUACAACAUACAAAACUACAGAUGUAGCCAAAACUGAGUUUCUUCAAAAUUUAAAUUUUUCAAAAUCCAAAACUGAUCCUUUUCGAGAAUGGAGAAUAGAAUGGUUGAAUAUAUUGCCCAGAUCUUAUAUUUAUUUUGAUUCAAGAACAGAAGAAAACCCAGUUUUAAAGGCCAACAAAAAUGCUCUUUGUCAGUUUGAAAAGUAUUUUGUAUCAUGUUUUAGAAAAUUGAAGGCUAAUAUUGCUCCAACAUUUCAACCAAACCAAACUACUAUUAUAAUAACAAUGAAUAAUUAUAAGAAAAAUCCUCAAAACUCGAAUGAUUUAAUUUUUUCGGUUGCUGAAAAAAGAGAAAUUAAAAUUUGGGGAUACGAAAAAACAAAUCGAUUUUUAUUAAAUUUAUUCAACCAAAGAAAUCAGAAAAGUCAACUUUUCCUCAACCAAUUAUAUUCUCAAAAUUCUUAUCUCCGGGUCAAAAAUUCAAAGCCUCAGGAACAAAAUAACCAAAUUGACAAUAACGAAGCAAAAAUCCUAACCCAGAUAACAAACAAUUUAAAUCAUCAUCAAAAACAACGUCGUCUUCAGCAGCAGCAGCAGCAGCAACAACAACAACAACUAAAAAGAAAUAGAACAACUGAGUUGUCCACUUUAUUGAAACAGGAAAAAUAUUAUGGAAACACUGGAACCCCUGAAAAAGAAAAACUUUACAUUUUUCAUAGACCUUUUUUUUAUGUUUAUGAUCUUAGUCAAAGAUAUCGACCACCAUAUAUCAAAGAAUAUAAUACCACAAAUAAUGCUCCUGAUAGCAACAAACUGAAUAAUAAUAAAACCAAGCCUAAUGGUGAUAAAACUUUUGAUACUAUCCCUCAAUUUUAUGCUUCCACUGAAGGUAGAUCACCCUUUGUGCCUGAUCCAGAUGAUUUUGACGAUACAAAAAGAGUUUUAAAAAGAUUUUACAGAUUUAGAGCAAACAAAGCUUAUAGAAGAAACUUGCGAAAAAUUUAUUGUCAAGACUAUGAUUCAAAUGAAAUUGAUAAAGAUUGUAUAGACGACGAUAAUUUUGUCUACAAUGUUGAACUUGAAAAUCAACUUGAACAAGAAAGAAUCAGAAAUAUUAACAAUAGCAACAAUAAUAAUUUGACGAAUAAUGAAAAUCUUGAAACACUCAAGGAUACUAACACUGCUAAUCAGAAAUAUAAAGUCAAAAGGUUAGAUAAUGCUUACACUUCUGCAUUAGAAAACCAUUCUACAAAAACUGACAAAGAUGAGAAAUUUGAUCAAACUAAUUUUAUCCAAAAUAAUAAUAUUUUCAGUCUAUCAAAAUUAUCUAACGAUAAGACUGAACCAACAUCGAAAAUUUCAGUUUCUCCAAACAAAAAUUUAAAUCUUAAUGGUUUCAACAAUUUCAAUACCUUGAACUUCAACUGUGCUAAUAACUUUAGUAAUAACUUCAGCAAUAACUUUAGUAAUAAUAAUAAUAAUAAUAACUAUAAUAAUAACAAUCACUAUAAUAAUCACUAUAAUAUUUUAAGCAACCAUAUAUUUUUAAAUAAUACUACUAAUAAAAACAAUCAAAGGAAUAUUUCAGUUAUAAAACUUUCCAAAACAUGUGUUAAAAUUACAGGAUUAAAUUCUGUUUACAGUGAAAGAAGAAAACGAUCAUUUUUUGAAAUUGAAGCCUCUGGAGUUAAAUCCAGUCAAUUUGGUGUCACAUCGUUUAACACAAUGAGAACUGAAGGUGUAGGCAAUGGUUUAGGGCCAGCAUCGUCCUUUGUUAGUUCAAAGGAAAUUAGGUUGUUGAAGAAAAAAGUACUUGAUGAUAAGACCACAUUUCGACUUGUUAAUUGUGUAAAUAAUGAUAAUUAUGAAACAGAUAACCAUGCUACUACUACUAUCGCUAAUAAUAAUAAUAAUAAUAGUAACAAGAAAUUCAACAAUAAGAUUGAUAAUCAAAAGGCAUGCACAAAAGUAAAAAAUGAUUGUAAAAUGAAAUUGGGAUAUCAAGAAAAUAUAACUCUUGGUGGUAGAGGUUUAGAGAAAAUUCAAGAAAAUGAAGAAGAUAACGAUGAUAAUCAACAUAAUCUUAAAUGCAGUAUUGAUGAUAAUAAAAAUACAGCUGUUACUACUAUUACUAUUAAUGAGGAUAACAAAAAUAUCAACUGCAAAAAGCUCCAAGUACCUUUAGAGAAUACUGGGUAUUGUGAAAACUGUCGAGUAAAAUAUGAUAGUUUUAAAGAGCAUAUUAUCACUGAUAAGCAUAAAGCAUUUGCUAGAACAGCAAAGUAUUUCAAGAGAAUUGACGAUUUGAUUAGUUUGUUAGCAGAAUCAAGAAGCUAAGAAAGGUGACUUGAUUGAUUUUCAAUUCAUUUUGCAGAUACAUUUUACAGAUACAUUUUACACAUAUUUUUUGAACUUAGAUUUUUCAAUUUAAAUUUUUAUAUUUAAUAUAGCA